GUAUAUACGGUCGAUAAUAGAGGGCGCAAAACAAACUAACUCGGAGAAAAAUGGCUGACAUUUGUACCCUGGAACACGCAACAUUGAAGGUUCCAUAUGAGAACCUCAACAAGAACUUCCGGAACUGUCAGAAGGUCAUCGAUAGAGAGGUGGCACAUGUUAUGCAGGUUACUAAUGAUCUGGAGAAAUGUCUAGAUGGCAAGGAACCUACUGUUGGGGUUGUAGUCACCCUUCUUGAUUCGGUUGUGGACAAGCUGACAGUACUAAAGAGAAAGGCUGCAGAGGCGAUAGCACUGGAGGAAGAGAGUGCCCAGGCCUGUAAGAAACGCCUUGCGCACCUUAAGGAGCACGAUACCACAACGGGUAGUGCCCUCUCGCAGUGGAAGAAGAAGAGGAUAGACCGAAUGCUGGUUGAAUACUUCCUGAGGGCGGGUUACUACGAGACAGCUGUCAAGCUAGCACGCCAUUCUCAAAUCGAGGAACUGACAAAUAUAGACCUGUUCCUAGUUUCCAAAGAAGUUGAAGAGUCUCUUAUCAGAAGGGAAACAGCUCCGUGUUUACAAUGGUGUCACAAUAACAAGACCAAGCUUAGAAGAAUAAAGAGCACAUUAGAGGUCAACCUACGGACGCAGGAGUUCAUUGAGUUGAUACGAUGUGAGUUCCGUGUGGAGGCAGUCAGGCAUGCAAGGAAGUAUUUUGGUUCUCUGGACGGGGAACAGAUCAAGAAGAUCAUGGUUCUUCUGGCAUUCCCAUCCAAUCCAAACAUAUCAGAAUACAAAGAACUGUUUGACGAUCUACGAUGGCAAAAACUGGUUGGUCAGUUCCGUGAGGAGAACUAUAAGCUCUUCCAGUUCAACACGACACCAGUACUAACACUGACACUAGAGGCUGGUCUAGCAGCUAUGAAGACACCACAAUGCUACACUGAGCAUUCUAAGAAUGCAGAUUGCCCUGCGUGUAGCAAGAACCUGAAUGAACUGGCCAAGAGCUUGCCAUUUGCCCACUGUGCUCAGUCAAGACUAGUAUGCUCAUUAUCAGGUCAUGUGAUGAAUGAGCACAACCCACCCAUGAUGCUACCCAAUGGCUAUGUGUAUGGCGAAAAGUCACUACUGAACUUUGCUGCUGAUAACCACGGUCGAAUUAUAUGUCCCAAGACGAAGAAAGUAUACUCCAUGGACGAGCUAGAGAAAGUAUUUAUCAUGUGAGAGAGGCUUCAGGCAGACAGCUACAAAUAGAUAGAUAGGUCGCUAUUUUUUCCCAGUUUAUUAUUGCCAAGGCUGCAUUUUGUUGGUGAAAGUCUUGACAAGUUUUAAAAAGAUGGGUAUUUUUAUUGCAAUAUCACAAGGAGAGAGGAAACAUUGUAUGGUAGAUGAUGUGAGAAAAGUAUUAUCUCUGUUGGAAACUUGGAAUAAGCACAGAGUUGGUUAAGAGUGAAUUGUGCUGACUAUUCAGGCUGCUAAAUAUUUAUAUGACCAAUGCUCCACUUUGAUAAGGAGAUAUGUGUGUAUAAUUUACUUACAUUGUAUUGGAGUGCAAGAACACCUUCAUUUUGUAUGUUUUUGCAUCGAAGGUGGUGCCAGAGGCAUUAUGUUUUGGGUUGUUUGUCCGUCCAUCCGUCUGUCCCACUUUUCAUAACUCCAGAACCAUUACACAGAUUUUAACCAAACUUGGAGCAAGUACAUCCAAGUAUGCAAGCAUAAACUGAUUAGAUUUAGAAUGACAAAGGUCAUAAAAAUGUUUUAAAAUGCCAGAAAAUGGCUCAUAACAGCAUUAAGUUAACAAGAGUUAUUAAGCAAUUUAAACUAAACUUGGAUGAAGUAUGUAUGAGCAUGCAAAUAUGAACUGAUUAGAUUUUGAGUCGAAGAGGUCAAAAGUGAAAGAUUAAAGGGUAAUGAAAGUGUUAAAAUUCCAAGAUAAUAUCUUAUUGCUAUGAUAACGUAACAAUUAUUUUUUUUCAUAACAUUUUUAUUCAUUUUAUUUAACAUAAAAUAUUUAUAUGUGUCUAAAUGAUAUAAAUGUCAUUGACUCUGUGUGCAGUUACAGUGAUAACACUGAUCUCAUUUGCAGUUUGGGGUGGGGAGUAACUAACAAGGAAGGUCAAAUAUUAUAAUAGGGCCUAACACUAGACAAGGAAUGUGAGCCCCCCAAAGCACUGCGUUACGGUAUAACUUGAACUAUAUAAGAGCAACUGCUGUCAGCCAAAUUUUUGUAAUUAUGUAAUGAAUAACAUGGUCAUAAGUAUUUUAUGAUCAAAAUUUUGUGUGCUUCCUUCACAUGUACAUAGCAAUGUAUUAAAUCAAAGCUCACAUAAAAGUACAUACAUGUGUAAGCUGCCAUCCACCACCAUCAUCAUUCAUUGUAAGAUCACCAUGAUGGUGAUCAUGAAAUGUGUUCCACUUUUGUGUAUGUUGCAUUCCACAAGGGAUAAUUAUGGAGUAUCUGGCCUCAGCGAUGUGUAUGACAGCAAUUUGCCUGAUUUUGUACACAUUUGGCCCCAUUCCACAAAACUUGUCAUCAGUGACAAAUGAGUUUUUGUUAUAAGCUAGAUAAAUCCUUGGUUCUGAUUGGUUAUCAUCAGAUUUGUCAGUGGUUUUUUUCAUUUGUCAUUGAAAUAAGGCUUUGUGAAAUGGGUCCCAGAUGUAUGCAACUUUUUGAGACAGAAGUGCACUGUCAUAAUGUGCAGCACAGAAUUUAGUAGAGUCCCUGUUAGAGACCCAUUAAAAAAGAAGAUUGAGUUCACAGAUACAGAAAAGUUAGAUAAGCAUUUCUUACAAAUUAUUGAUUUGUUUCAAACUUUUUUCAUUCUGUUUCUCAUAUUUUUCUGCUUUCAUACAAGUGAACGUAUUACAAUGGUUGGAUUACCCUUGCAUUUCAGAUAAAAUGUAGCACCCACAUAUUACUCUCUCUAUUUUUUUCAUGGGCAUUAUUAUGUAAAGAUUCUGAGAUUUUUUUCUUUUGUUCGUGUAAUGUUCCUUAAUCAAUAAAUUUUUUAUUAAAAAAAAGGAGACGACCGAAACACCUAUUGUACAGAAAAACUGCAUUUUUGGCUGGAUUAAGACACCAUGUUCCAAGACUCUUAUAAUUAUCUAGAAUUUCAUUAGCUGAAAUUUUAUUCUGAAUGCUUUAACAGAAACAAAAAGAUUGAGUCCUACCAGAGUGCUGGUAAUGGUGUGCAAGCUUUGCAGUGUAUUUAUUUUGUAUUUAUUCUAAGGUGUUAACUGGAGGUAGAAAGUAAAAUUUGCCCUAGUUCUCAUUUCUCAAAUUAGACCAGUUUGAAGAUAGCACAUGUACAAAAUGCCCCCCCCCCCUCCAAAAAAAAAAAAAAACCCCAAACCAAACCAAAGCUCUUUUAAACAUGGAGAAGUUGCACUUGGUACAUUUUUAGAACAAUGUACUGAUGGUGCACAAAUGAACAAUUAUCACAUAAACUUCAUGGACAUGUGUCCAGAAUUUGUCUUGAUGGCUUACACAGUUUUGUACAAAUGACCUUUAUCUAUCUGCCAGUCCAAAGAUAGUAUUCCGGAUUGGCUUAUUGUUUGUUUAAAAAGAACAUCACUUCUUUUUUCUUUGGUAGGCAGGAAUAGGAAUGCUUGACAUGGCAGCAAAUUAUGUAUUUUGGAGAGGUAUUGAGCUGGUGUCGUUUGAACAGUUUUGAUACUGUCAAUACUUUGAACCAAAUGCUACAUGUAGCUAAUACUUGCCUACAGUUUCCUAUAUUUAAAGUGUAAAUGUAUCUAGCUUCUUUUACCAAAAGUCAGUUGCUUUAUAGUUGCUAAUAAUUUAUAUAAGCUUGUAUUUGUUUUGUUCUUUGUUUGCUUCAAAGUUUGUAUACCAAUGUGGGUAUAACUUGUAUGUUACUGAAUGUGAAAUUUAUAUUGGAUUAAGAAUGACAUGAAGCAUGAUGAAUAUAUUUGGACGCGAGUCUUGUUCUUUGGUUACAGAGUUAAAAAACAACAACUAUGGAAUGAUUCAAGUUGUAGGAGGCGCGAUAGCUCAGUUGGUAGAGCAGUGGUCUCGUAAUCCGGUGACCCCAGUUCGAAACGCAAGUCGAUGCACUAGUACCCUUUGGUAAGACAUUAAUCCUCAUUACCAGGUCCCUCGGAAAGUACCUAAAGCCGCCGGCCGCCUGGUUGCUUACUAACAAGCAUUUAUGCUUUCUUAGCAGCCAGGUAUAAAAUUAACCACCGGCACAAUGUAUGGGUUUAAUUUGUGAUCCUUGUUUAAUACCUUAUUACACAUCUAUGUGAUGCUACAGAUGGAGUUGUGGGGGUGAGGAGCUACAUAAAAUGAUGAGUUUUUAUUGCUUGCCUGUGUAAGACCCUUUGACUGCAUUAGGGAGAGGAUUUACAACCCUGUAUCAAGAGGGAGGGGGGGGGGAAUUCAAUUCUUGAAAACAAAACAAAAUAUGUGGGAAUAGCAUGCAUGACACCCCUUUCUGAAAUAUGUUUAAAGUUAUGUAGGUUACUAGUAGUAAUUAUUGCUAGCUAGUUGUUCCUUUAUGCCCAUUCCUCGAUUGAUACUCUAUGAAUGCAUAUUUUAUUUCCUCCCGUUUCACGUCAUGUUCACACUGCUGACAUAUACAGUUAACAAUUAAAUUAACAAAGACCCAAAUUCAACCAGUUCAUCUUUCUUUGAGUUGCGAAAAACACACCAAAAAAGCCGUCAAAUUUACAAGGGCUAUGAAUAAUUUAGUUGUUGACUGUAUGUAAUUGACUAAUAAAAAGCUAAUUUUAAAACAAACAGGUAGUUUGUGUCUUCUUUUUUUAUUUGCCUCUUUUUAAUUUUAGAUUGUAGAUUUGUAAUAGAAACAUAAUUCACUGACAAUACUAAGGAGAGAGAGGAAAGUGUACUGAUUACAGCCCUUGUGACAGUAAAAUCCAACAUUUUCCUAUAACAUGUACCAAUAUUAAAACAUAUGCAGAUCACAAUGUUCAUAAUAUUGAAUAAUGUCGGACUGGUAGUUUGGCAAAUAUAGCAAGGUACAUGAUCCAAAGAUCAAUAGUAGAUAAUGUGGAGACGUUACAUACAUGUACAUGUAUUUAUCGUGAACAAAGAGUUUUGUUGCAUUCUAAUGGCAUUUCUUUUCAUUGAUCAUCAUUACAACAUCGCUAAAAUAUAUAGUCAUGAUUUUCUAACUCUAUAGUUCUUAUUUCCCCAAUACCACUGAAAUCAUUUUACAUGAAAAGCUCAUGGUGACAAAAGUGAAGAACUGGGCUCUGUAACAUGGAUAAAUUAGCAAUUGGUUGAUAUUUUGCUAAGGAUCACUCUGCAAUCAAUUAUCUGCAAAAAUUGACAAACUGCUUGUAUAUUAGAUCUUUUU